ACUGAAGCCGGCGAUGUCGAUGUUGAAGAUGCCCCUCGAGAGUCUGUCCCUUUCAAGCUAGGGAAUGCUAAAGUGUUGGAUAAGAAAUGCUCGAUUUUUGUUGAUUCCAUUAUUUGUCCUGAUUUUGUGUUGGAUCCGGAGGAAGAUUUGUCUUUGUCUGAUGAUGAGGAAGAUGAGAAGGUCGAUAAUAUUAUGAUGUUUUUAGGUGAGGGUCUGAUUUUCAAGAAUGACAUGUUUGAUGGUGGAGUUAUCCCAUCCCAGUUGAAAUUGGCUUCAAAAAAACAAAAGCGUGGUGGUAAAUCCAAUGGUAGUCGCACUAGGAAAGCUGCCAAACUAACUAAGAACGGUGGUGUUAGGAGCAGACAAGAAAGACCUAUCCCUGAGGAAGGCGGGAAUUCAGGGGUUCCUUCGUUGGAGUCUAUUUCCCUUUUGUUGGAUGCCAAACUUGAAGGUCAGGCGAAAAAAAUCAUUGCCGCGGUGACUGAUUGGUUCACUAAAAACACUGUUAUUGAAGGCGAAACCUCGAAAGAGCCUGUCAGUGGGUCUACUCGUCCUAAGAAGGCUGCCAACAAUGGUAACGAUGGUGUUUCUAAUUCUGAUGGUCUGGGUUCCAAUGGUGGUAAUGAUGAUUUUGGAUUUGAUCCUCUCCGCCCCUCCCGCCGGAGAACAAUGUCCCAAUGGAUGAAGAUCUCCCCUCCCCAGGUCUGAUUGCUCAUCCGCAGGGCGGUAACAAUGUUACAAGUCAUGUUGUCCCACCCACAGAGUCUGUUGUUGAAGAUAACGCAGAGCCGGAGAACAAUGUCCCAAUGGAUGAAGAUCUCCCCUCCCCAGGUCUGAUUGCUCAUCCGCAGGGUGCUGACAUUGUUGCAGGCGUUGUUGAACCCACUCUCCAAGCUGGUGGUGGUGAUAAUUCAAAGGUUGCUAACAAUCCUUCUAUCGUCGACGACCUCCUCUUUAAACGAGUUGUCAACGAGCGCGUUGAGAAUGUUCCAGUAAAUGAAGCAUUUAUAACUCCCAACGAUUCGAUCGUUAACCAAGAGGUUCAAUGCUCUCAGCCGACAGGUGGCGUUGUGGCCCCCCCGCCUAAUGCUUUAGAGGAAAGCCAGGGUGCCCCUGCGUCGGAUGAUGGUAGUGUUGGCGAGGAGACGUCUGUGGGGAUCCCGGAUAUCUCGGCUGCUCCCCCUUCUGAUGGUGGGGUUGUGUGUGAUGGAGAGGCGGUUGAUAUCCCGGAGGCUGUUUCUAUUGAUAUGGCAGCAACUAAUGAUCUGGGUGUUGGCCGGGGCGCACCUUCUUUUGUUGCCUCCCCACGCGAGGAUUCUGAUGAGGUAUUAUCUAAUUGUUUAAAUGCUAUUGUUUUACUAACAGUUAGUUUGUUUUUAAUUAUUUUCCCAUUUCAGGAUUUCACCACUCCCCCCCCCCCUUCUAAAGUAGGGAAGUCUCCCCUCCAGGUUCAUUUGAUAAUAUUUAGUAUCUUUGGUAGGUAAAUCUCAAAUUUUGCUCCUUUUCUA